AAUUAAGUUUUAUUUUAUCUUUUUUACGAAAAUAGAUAAUCAUGUGUUAGGUUAAUGUCUUGAUUUUCUUCUUAAAUGAAGUUUGUUGUGUUCUUUUUACGGUUUUAAGAACGCAGGCAACUGAUUCUGAUCCUUAUAGUAUUACAGGGUGUUUGUGCUGUGUGUUUAUUUAUUUAUUUUGAUUUACUGAGUUGAAGUUGAGUUAACUCAGCGCGAUUCUUAAACCCUAGAGUCCAAAUGAAUGAUUAGAUGAAUUGCAAUUCAUGAUUAAUUUGCUGGUCAUCCAGGUACAAAUUGCUGGUGAGUUGUAUUGAUUUUAGAGAGGGGCAGUUUGGGUUGGGGCUGGAAUCUUCUUGUCUUUUAUGGCAAUUUUUUUUUUCUGUCACUGCAAUCAAUUGCCUGCCAUAAGGCAAACAUAACUUGAAUAGAAUAUCAAGUUGUAGAUGAUUGGUUUAACUUUUCCUUAAUGCUUUGAUUAACAUUUUCCACGUAUUGCUAGUAAAAUUCUGGAGGUUGCUGGGAAAAUAUAUAGAGGAGCUUCACAAUUUAUCAGAAAAUCUGUGUUUAGAUGAGCUCUGCUUUCACGAUUUUCUAUUUUAGUGCAUUGAUGUUCACAGGUGGCUGUCUAUGAGUUAUCUGGGUUCGAAGAGUGGAAAUUUUUUUUUUUUUUAGUAAAACAGAUUCCCGGAUUACCUCGUGGAAAAACCUAGUUCAAAGGAAGGGGUAUUUCUAAAAGCAUAAACAACAUUGCCAAGCCAGCUAACCCUGGUGGAAUGGACCAGCAAGGCCAUGGGCAGCCUCCAACAGUAGGCAUGAUUGGAAGGACAGCUCCGGUUCCUUAUGGAAUGGCUUCAUAUCAACCUAACCAGAUGAUGGGACCUUCUGCAACUGGAUCAGUUCAAUCUCCUACUCAACCAGCAGUUCUUGCUGCUGCUUCAGCUCAGCUUGCUCAACACCAACUUGCUUACCAGCACAUCCACCAGCAACAGCAGCAACAGUUGCAGCAACAACUUCAAACUUUCUGGGCAAAUCAGUAUCAAGAAAUUGAGCAGACUGCUGAUUUUAAGAACCAUAGCCUGCCCUUGGCUAGGAUUAAGAAGAUUAUGAAGGCAGAUGAAGAUGUAAGGAUGAUAUCAGCUGAAGCUCCUGUCAUAUUUGCCAGGGCCUGUGAGAUGUUUAUUUUAGAACUGACAUUGCGUUCUUGGAAUCACACAGAGGAGAACAAAAGGAGAACACUCCAAAAGAAUGACAUUGCUGCAGCAAUUACAAGAACUGAUAUUUUUGAUUUUCUGGUUGAUAUUGUCCCAAGGGAGGAUUUGAAAGAUGAGGUGUUAGCAUCAGUCCCAAGAGGGAGUCUUCCAGUUGGAGGUCCACCUGAUGCUCUUCCCUACUAUUACAUGCCACAUCAGCUUGCUCCCCAGGUCUCUGCUCCGGGGAUGACUGUAGGAAAGCCUGUGGUGGAUCAAUCUCUUUAUGGCCAACAGUCUCGCCCUUAUGUGGCACAGCAGAUUUGGCCACAGCAAACACCGCAGCCACCUGAAGAUUCCUGAGCAGGCUAUGUACUGGCUGUAGUUAAAACAUGGAUAAUGCGAGUAAAUUAAAGGUUGAAAAGCUAGGGGUUGAUCAAUUAGUCUUUUAUGCAAGUCAUAACAUGUCAUUUUCUAUAGAUUUUGUUUCUUUAAAUUUCAUCAGUUUCUAAUACUGUCAAGGAUGUGAAUUCAGCUGUUGUGGAUAAUUGGAUUAACUGUAAUCCUUUUGGCAUGUAAAAAAUCAUGGUUUUGGGGUUCA